GUAACUUUAGUAGCUCCAGGAAACUACACUGCACAAUCCUUCUCUUAUCGUUCAAUUCCACAAAUUAUCAUCGAAAAUGAAAUCAUGGGUGUCACCCGUAAUUCUCCUGAAAUAAAAAAUAUGUUAUUUCAUAAAGAUACUCUUAAAAUGUAUUCCGUUUCCAGAAACUUUAUUAGAACAAAUUAUGUAACUUAUUAUAAAACCUAUAAACAAGUUGCUGAAGAGUUUGAUCCUGAUUUAUUUCUUUGUGACUUUUUAUCUAAUUAUCCGUGCUUUGAUCUUGCAUGGGAAUUAGGAAAGCCGGCUGUCGGAAUUACAUCGGUUUUAAGUCGAGUUGUAUCUAAUCCUCUAUAUAGAUCGGAUCCUGUACAUUCGGGAUGUCAUGUGAAUAUGGAAAAUGAGUCGUUUUAUGACAGAUUUGUAUGCGCAACAAUAGCCCCUUUACGACAAUUUUGGUUAUUUAUGUUGAUUAUGUACGAUGUAAAUGUUCAAAGAGCAAAAGUUGGUAUAGAUUCUCAUUGGGAUCCAAGAG